AUGGAUGAAUAUUCAAGAGAACCGUGUCCUUGGCGUAUUUUAGAUGACUCUGGUGGUGCGUUUCUUAUGGGCGCUAUCGGUGGAGGCAUAUUUCAUUCCAUUAAAGGAUUUCGGAAUGCACCUGUAGGGUUUAGUAGAAAAAUGCUUGGGAGUUUAGCAGCAAUGAAAGAAAGGUCUCCGAUAGUUGGUGGCAAUUUUGCAGUGUGGGGUGGCAUGUUUUCAACGAUUGAUUGCUCUCUUGUGUACUUAAGGCAGAAAGAAGAUCCUUGGAAUUCAAUAAUGAGUGGGGCUUUGACGGGUGGAAUUCUGGCUGCCAGAAAUGGUGUACCAGCAAUGGCAGGAAGUGCUCUAGUUGGUGGUAUCUUACUAGCAUUAAUAGAGGGUAUUGGAAUUAUGUUUACAAGAAUAUCAGCGGAACAGUUUAAACCACAACAGCCUAUAUUCGAGGACCCUUCUGUGUUAGGACAAAGUCAAAGCCAAAAUCCAACCUUCCAGUGA